AUGCUUUGCGAGUUAGACAUCGAGAAUUGUAAAGAGGUGGUGUAUGAAGAUGAAGCAGACGUCAUGUCACUCAGGUCUAUUAAUAUUUCUCCUGCUGCAGAGUUUCAGUACCUAGCAGAAGGAUUCAUGCAAGGUUUGAGAAGAUUAAAGGAUUUGAAGGUCUGUAGUUGUGAAGGAAUGUCAUUUCUGUGGCAUGAUGAAUUGCAACAGCUGACAUGUCUUCGUCAUUUAAUAAUUGAUGACAGUUCCUUACAGCAUCCCAUACUGGAUGGAGAAGAAACAAGACAGGUAGAGUUGUGGUUGCCUACCAAACUCGAAACUCUGGAAUUAAGGAAAUGUGACAAUCUUGUUAAGGUACCCGAAGGAUUGCACCUAACAUCACUUCAAGAGCUACACAUAUAUGAGUGCCCAAGUCUCAUAUCGUUUUCGGAGUCCGGUUUGCCAUCUUCUCUCCAAGUUUUGAAGAUUGAAAACUGCAAAAAUCUGAUAUCCUUGGUGCAAGAGGAGGAGUACAGUAAUUGUGCAGCUACUUGUCUGGAGUCUUUGGUUAUUAGAAACUGUCCAUCUCUUAAAUCCAUAUCAUCAUCCAAUGGCAGCUUACCAGCAAGGUUUAAACACCUUUCCAUCAGGUAUUGUCCAAAUCUCCAGUGUUUAUCAUGGGGCAAGUUACCAGACAACCUUAGAAAGCUUGAAAUAUAUGAUUGUGACAAUUUAAUUUGCUUAUCAUCGUCCUGUGAGCUACCUGAGGCGCUUGAAAGCUUCCAGAUCUGGAGUUGCAAUAGGCUUGACUCCUUGAAAGCCACAUUGCCCAAAUCGCUUAAAAGCCUUCUCAUAUGUAAUUGUGGACAGCUGAAGUGGAUAACAGAUAGAGGCAUUCAAAAUCUCAUCUUUCUUCAAAGAUUGGAGAUAUCUUACAGUGAAGGAUUCAUGAAGGUUUUAGAAGAAGUCGGUUUUCCACCAAACUUAAGUUCGCUUACCAUUAGAAAUCUCAAGGUGUGUAAGCCACUCUUGCAGUGGGGAUUGCAUAGAGUCACCUCUCUUAGAAAGCUUCAUUUGAGUGGUGAGGCUACAGAUAUGGUGUCAUUUCCACCUGAACCUGAAGAAGAAGAAGAAGAAGAAGAAGAGAAUGUGGAUGAUGAGCUGCAGGGGAAGAUGAUGUUGCCAAACUCUCUCACCACCCUCAACAUUGAGAGUUUCAAGAACUUGGAUAAGUUAUCUGCGGGAAUUCAAUGUCUCACCUCUCUUCAAUAUCUUUCCAUCUGUUACUGCGAGCAGCUCAAUUCUUUCCUCAAGGGGGGUCUGCCUCUUUCACUGUUGAAGCUCGAAAUCGUUUACUGCCUACUUCUAGGAGAACAAUGUGAACGGGAUGAAGGUCUGCUCUUGCCCGUCAUUUCUCAUAUUCCUUGUGUCGAGUAUGAUUACUUUCAAGUUUGA